AUGUCCAUCCACGCUAACGGCCGAACCCCCUCCCAGGCCUUUAGCAAAUCCCUUUUCCUCACUAGAUCCGACCUACAAGAGGCAUGCCGCGCUAUUAUCGACCCGCUAGUACCUCUAUUUACACCAGGUGGCACACGCAUCAAAGUAGGCACGUCGACGACACGAUUCGACGAAGGCGGCGCCCAGAUUGAGGGAUACGCCCGCCCGCUAUGGGGCCUAGCCUCGCUGCUGAGCGGCGGAUAUGAAUACACCGAGGCCGAGCGCUGGCGCCAGGGAAUCAUCAACGGGACUGAUCCGGAACACCCGGAGUUCUGGGGCCAUAUCGAGGAUAUGGAUCAGCGCAUGGUGGAGAUGUGCCCGAUUGGGUUUGCGCUUGCUGUUGCGCCUCAUGUCUUUUGGGAUCCAUUGACGGAGAAGCAGAGGGGAAAUGUUGGUAGUUGGUUGGCGAGCAUUAAUGCGCGCGAGAUGCCGAAUACGAAUUGGCUGUGGUUCCGCGUCUUUGCAAACUUAGGCCUCCAAAAAAAUGGCGCUGCGUACUCUUUGUCUCGUAUCGAGGCAGAUAUGGACCAUUUGGAUACCUUCCAUGUUGGCGGAGGAUGGAGUAAUGAUGGACCAAAUAGUCAUCAUCAGAUGGAUUACUACUCGAGCUCGUUCGCUAUUCAGUUCUUGCAGCUUCUCUAUUCGAAGCUGGCGGGUGACUUUGAUUCUGAGCGUGCUGAGCGCUAUCGUCAGCGGGCACGGGAGUUUGCUCAAGACUUUGUGCACUACUUCAAUCCUAAUGGCAGUGCUAUUCCAUUCGGACGCUCUAUGACCUAUCGAUUUGCCAUGGUUGGAUUCUGGGGUGCAUUAGGCUUCGCAGAUGUCGAACUACCGGAACCACUGACUUGGGGCGUGGUGAGGGGAAUUAUCCUUCGCCAUUUCCGGUGGUGGUCUAUGCAGCAUGACAUGUUCAAUAAUGAUGGCACCUUGAGUCUCGGCUACUCGUACGCUAACAUGUACCUAACGGAGAAUUACAAUUCCCCCGGGUCACCGUACUGGUGCUGUCUCUCAUUCACCCCACUGGCACUACCGGACACACAUCCCUUCUGGUCCGCGGAAGAGGAGUCUUACCCGAGUUUCUCUUUGCCCGAAGUGGUAGCCCUCCAAUAUCCCAAACACAUUGCCAUCCGUCGUGGGGGACACUCGUUCCUGUUGUCAUCCGGCCAAGCAUGCCACUACCCACUCAAAGCGACACAAGCCAAGUAUGGCAAGUUCGCAUACAGUUCUACUUUUGGAUACUCGGUUCCGACGGGUGGCUACCGGCUUGAGCAGCACGCCCCAGACAGCAUGCUUGCGUUGUCAGACGACGGCGGCGACAUCUGGCAGACUAGACGGCUGGCGCUCGAUACGCAUUUCGAGGAACCCGAGCUCAAUGGUCAGCCUAUUCUUGUCUCUGGCUGGAAACCGUGGCCAGAUGUUGAUAUAGAGACCAUUCUCAUUCCGCCGACAGAGGAAACUGAAAAUUGGCAUCUGCGCGCUCACCAUGUGCGCACCGGUCGCGCUUUGCAGACUUCCGAAGGUGCCUUUGCUAUUUACGGAUGUCGCAGUGAUAAUGGUCGUACCUUGGGGCCUAUGACUGGGGAUGAUUCUGAGGGGACAAUGCAUGACAGUCGGAGUGGGCUUGUCGUUUCAUCGGCUGGGGCUGUUGGCAUUGCCGAGAUUCAUUCGGCUAUUGAACGGGCUGGUCAUAUCAUCUUGGCUGAUCCAAACUCUAAUAUCAUUCAUGGACGCACGCUUUUGCCCUCGCUUUUGGUGGAUUUAGCAGCUGGUCAGGAUUGCUGGUUCGUGUCGGCUGUGUAUGCUGUUCCAGACCAUCAAAGGGAUUGGAAGGCGGCUUGGAAGAAGAAACCAAUUAUUCCAGAGUGGCUACAGAAGAGGAUGGAGAGCACAGAUCGGAGUUGA